AUGGACAACAUCGACGAGGAAUAUGAGCGGCUCUUUGAACACCUUCACGACUACACGAAGAAGGCUGAGAGUUUUAAAACCACCAAGAGACGCAUUUCUCUUGAAACUCUUGAGCUGAUACGCCAUGAUGCAGCAGAUUGGGCCGAAGGCUACCAAGAACUCAAGUUCGAGCUCGCAAGGCUUUGCAGAGAGGCGAUAAAGGAAGACUUUAAAGAGACAAUAGCAGAAGUAUUGGCUGAAGCUGCAGAAGGGAGAAGAAAUAUCCGCUAUGCCCGUCGAGACUUCGCCAGUCGCAAGACGAAGACGAUUGCUCUCCAGAACCCGGAAGAAACAACCAUUGCAUCGAGAAAGGAAUAUAGAAAAUCACCUACGACUUUUACUCUGAUCUCUUUGACAGCCAUGUCCACCUGCUUCAUCACCAUCUGA